GCUGCUUCGAUGCGCGGAUUGGAUUUGUCAUCAUUUUGCGAUUUCGGACAUUUUCAGAAGGAUGCAGGAUUGUUGGCCUGUACAAGCCUCGUGAAUGCCGUUUUCGUACCCAUGCACUUCUAUGGCGCAGUUGGAUCACUUCGAGUCAUCGAAAGUUUGGCAGCGCGUGCUUGGCAAGAGCUUGCCGAGGACGAUCUUGGAAAGACAACUGAGACAACUGAGACAGAGAUGACCGAGGAGGUUUUCACCAAGAACUUGAUCUCCUUGGCCACAGCUCUCGCAGCAGCUUUUGAUUUGGCUGUCACUUUCUAUUUGAUUUGGCAUCUCACUGGCCCUGGCCUCGCUCACCCCUGGAUGUCAGGACAACCGGCAGCUCCGCUUGAACCUGGAGAGCAAAAAAGGAGCGGCAUCUCAUAUCGAUUCAUUCCUGCCAUGACGGAGGGCUUGGAAGAAACUGUUCCGCAGACCUAUGAACUUGUUAGAAUAGGUACUUUUCAGAGUUGCUUUCCUACGGCCUUUGGUUGCCCCCGUCAGGGCCUUGCAGCUCCUUCUGUACGAGGGCGCAUACAGCUUGCUCCAUGGAUGCAAACAGGUGGCAGCCACUUCCUGGCUGGCUUGGAGGCGUUUUCCCAUGUUUGGGUCGUGUUUCUUUUUGACAAGAACAAGCACAGCAGCACGUCCUUUUCAUCGAGCUCUUUCUUGAAGCCCACAGUCCGACCACCUUGGCUCGCAGGCGAUGAUGGACGACGUGGUACGCGCGGGGUUUUUGCUACAAGAUCACCCCAUCGUCCGAACCCACUGGGUUUGACCCUUUGCCGUUUGGAUUGCGUGGAUCAGGCUGGAGCAACACUGUAUGUAAGCGGUGUUGAUGUCGUGAAUGGGUCCGCAGUGCUGGACAUAAAGCCUUACCAUCCAGUGGAUUCUCUUGGUGGUAAACUUAUGGACGAGGAUCUGCGCUUUGCCGAAUGGCUUCCAGAGCCACGGCCUUCAGCAGAAGUAACAUGGAGUCCUUCAGCACUUGAUGAAUUGCAGCACUUGCAGAGCCUUUGUCGGUUCUAUCCUGACAUGCGAGAUGCACGAGACUUGGAGGACAUUCCGAACGCAUCAAGAAUGACUGCUUUGCAGCUACUUCGAUCUUCGGUGGACCAAGUGAUAGGCUUGGACCCGCGGCCGCCUCAAUCGCGAUCAGAUCGGUCAGAUCGAUCAGCAGAGACAGGAAAGUCUUCAGGAAAGUCUUCAUAUAGAUACUGGGCCAUGGACUUUGAUGGCUUGAGCGUGGUAUUUCGUUCGUUGUUGGAACGACAAUGUUCAGAACGCGGUGCCUUGAAGUUUGAGGUCGUGCGUGUUCAGAAAUGCGAGGGAGCUAGACCUUCAAAGGGAUGGCUUCAGGAGCUUGAAGCAGAGCUGGAAGGUGACCGGGCUGACCAGGCCAAAGAAGCUUGAGCAGAGACGCCCAUCAAGAGUAUGGAAAAUGAGAGACGACCUGCGGUGGCAAGCCAUAGCAAGGCUCAAAGCUGAAAA